AGGUUGUCAAAGCAUGAAACACAGAGUAGUGCUGUCAACAUCACCUGGAAGGCUAUUUUUAAAGCCUGUUCCUUUGUGCCUUUCACCCCCACACACGGAAGCAGGUGCCAGAGACACACACUUCUCUCUAAAAGCACCUCCCAGUACUCUCUCUCCACGAAAAAGCACCAUGACCCCGGAGGCUUAUAAAACUCUAAGUGUCUCAGAACCCAGGGUGGACAAUCUCAUCCCUGCCUCUCCUCCCCAUUUCUAAUCACAUGCAAGCCUGCCCAGGAAACGGCGGGCUGAGGAUGGGUUGGUUUCCUUCUGUCUUAAGAAGAUCAGCAGCAUUUCCUGUGCCCUGUGCCUCAUUAGCACGUCGGUGGUGUUGCUUCCUGUGGCUGACUCUGUGUUUCCAUCGGGCAAAGUGGUUUGCUGUUUUUGCUCUGAGGUUCUGGAGGGUGGAGGAUGACAAGUUUCUCACGGAGCCUUUCCUGGGCCUCUUGGCAGUUCCUCCCUCGGAGCCCCUCAUGUUUGUACCAGAAGGCAGGGGCCGGAAUGGACGUUCUCCCUGAGUGGCCUCACGCUGGGAACACCAGCGCCCGGAUGAGAGCUCACCUCCACCUGCCCCAGGUAGAACCAAACCUGUUGUUUUUGUAGGUUGAAUCUACUCAGCCUGGCAUUUCAGGGAGUCUUUUGGGGGGGAAAGAAAGUUCGAGAAUAGAAGAUUGGAAACUUAAGAAAGAAAAUUCAAAGACUUUUUUUUUUUUAAUGGCAAAGAAUUUUUAUGAAUAAAGACUUAGGAAGAGGAAAACUUGAGAGUAAAUUUGUGAAUUGGAGAACGUUUGGAGGACACAGCAGAUGAGGAUUUCUAUCAUGCUUAUAUUUUCUAAAAAUACACCGAGUGGUUAAAUUCAAAACUCGAACCAGUUCGCCUCUUCUCCUGGGAGUCAGCAACUUAGGACUAGGAGCAGACAUGCUGGCUAGCUCGUUAUGACUGAGGAAAGGCACAGGCUUCGAAGCCAGAGAGCACCUCAGAGGCUCUCCCAGGAUGGAUGUCACCAACCCAACCCUACGGCAUAGCAAGAGUAUCUUGCAGUCCAGCACUCCGACGCGGGUGACUCUCGGCAGCCAGGAAGGCCAGCCGGAGCAUGGCACUUGGUUUUCCUCCUAGAGAUAACGACAAGAGCAGCAUCAUCUUUUCUGGGUUAGUGGGACUCCUGGCUGUCCUCCUGCUCAUCACAGUGGCCUGCAUCCUGUGGAACUGGAACAAACGGAAGAAGCGGCGGGUUCCUUACCUCCCAGUGACUGCCAUGCCCUCAUUGACUCUGCCUCGACCCAGACCACGAGCCAAAAAUAUUUACGAUCUCUUGCCUCAGCGGCAAGAAGAGCUGGGGAGACAUCAGCCAAGGAGUAUCCGCAUGUUCAGUGCCGAGAGCCUCCUGUCCAGAAAUUCCGACAGCCCGGAGCAUAUGCCCUCCCAAGCAGAGAGCACCCUCCAGAUGCACACAGCCCAUAUCCACACCAUGGGGUACGCAGUUGGUGUCUACGACAAUGCCACGGUGCCCCAGGUGUGCAGGAACGUCACUCCCUCGACACACUACGUCAAUGUCAGAGCUUCCAGGGAUGUCUCGAGCACUUCUUCAGAGGAUUCAAAUGAUUAUGUCAAUGUCCCCACAGCAGAAACGAUGGCUGGGACUCUAACUCCUAAUGACAGCCUGCCUGAAAGUCUCCCUGUUCUUUCAAGCGCCCAGCAGUCGGACUUAACUGAGAAAAGACACCAGGGCUGUGGGGAUGCCAGUGACUGUACCAGCUUUUGGGCUCCAGGAACUAAGGACAGCGAUCCACUCAGCGAUGGGGAGGAUUCUUCUCAGACCUCAAAUGACUAUGUCAACAUGACAGGUUUGGAUCUCGAGGACAGCCAAGAGGAGGUGCCCUGGGUGGCUUUUCAAGGCUGCAGAGAUUAUGAGAAUGUCCCACCAGCAGAUCCCAAGGGAAGCCAGCAGCAAACUGAGGAAGAAGUGACAUCUUCCAACACAGGCCAUGAAGAGGAAAAGACAGAUGGCCCGGGGACUGACAUCCAUCCUCUCACAAGGAAUUCCCUAUCUUCAGGGCACUGUGCAUCCCCACUGAGUGAGGACUGUCAGAUGAAACCUGAAGAAGAAAUGUCACACGAAGACACUCACGACUAUGAGAAUGUGCUACCUGCCAAGUUAGGAGGCGGAGACAGGGAGCAGGGGCCUGGUGCUCAGCUUCCUCCUGAUGAAUGAAUACCGUUGUCCAGCUGGAAAGCCACACGAAGUGGUCUCUCCUGUUGGUUCCUCAGCCGCUGAAGAGUCUCUAGUGAAGACCCUUGACCACCCUCGUCUGUCAGUGGAUUCCCUUGGUUAGAUUAGCCAGAGGCUGAAAGGAGCUAGAAGCUCAAAGGCUGCCCGAAGGCAAAGGUUUGGGAAAUCCAGGAAGGAAUGCUUCUCCAGCAAAGUGCUGUUGUCUCUCAGGCCAGCCUAAGAAUGUCUGCUGGAACUGCCCUUCCCGACUGUUGGGAAAUAGGAGAGUACUUAGCACCCAGAGGAAGAGGGCUGAUCACCUGCACCAAUACCAGCAGGUGGCAAGGGUGUAGAUUAUUUUGUGAUCCAGGCAGAGACCUAAGGAAAGGAGAAGUUGUUUUAAAAAGUAUAGACAACAAAAUGCUGGUGAGGAUGCAAAACAACGGGAAUUCUCAUUCUCACCAUUGGGAUGGCAAAGCAUAGCAGCUACUUUGAAAAACUGUAUGGCGGUUUCUUAUAAGGACCUAGCUAUAGGAGGCAGCCAUUUCACUACCAGAAACUGACCCAAGUCAACUGGAAUCUUACACUCACACAAAAACCUACACAUGACGGUUUAAUAGCAGUUUCAUUAAUAA